AUGACACGAUGAGAUCUAGCGGAGGUACGGGGCAAUGUGUAUGUGUAACAGGACAAGGCGCACGCAAAUAAAUAGUCACUUAACUGAACGGAAAAUGCGGCGUUACUGGAGAACAGUGGCUGGAUACAGUCUGGCUUAUAGGCUAGACUGACAUACCUUUCCAAAAACGAGAUAUUUUUGGAUAACUGAUGAAUAUUCGCGUUGCAGUGUGGGCAAAGCAAAGUUAGGAAUAUUUACAUCCUCGUUCUUCUAUUGGUUACAGUAUUCUCCUGAUCCCAGAUGCGAAGCUGAUUGAGAUUGUACUCCUAAUAGGACAUGUCCACAGCUCAGUGCCUCUGCUCCUAGCCUGUCAACCUCCUCUCAAGCUGUUCCCACCUUAAAGUACAACAAGUCCUUACGGAGGCAAUCAAAAUCAGUGGAGAUGUCGGAGAAUGGAAGUGGUGGAAAGCUGGUGGUAAAGGCACGCUUCAAUUUCAAACAGAACAAUGAGGACGAGCUGUCUUUCAGCAAGGGUGAGCUCAUCCACGUCACACGCCAGGAGGAAGGUGGAUGGUGGGAGGGAACCCUUAAUUGCAAGACCGGCUGGUUCCCUAGCAACUAUGUACGAGAGGUCAAGCCAUGUGAAAAACCAAUAUCUCCAAAAGCGAUAAAAGGAUUUGUUGUCCCUCAGCUAACAAAAAAUUAUUACAGUGUGGUGGUACAAGACAUCUUGGAACACGAGAGAGAGUUUGUCAAAGAAAUGCAAACGGUACUAGGCUGCUACCUGUGCCCUCUACAGAGUAGUGACAAGCUCUCCAAUGCAGACUUCUCCAGCCUGAAUGGCAAUUUAGAAGACAUACUCUCUUUCCAACAGGGACUGUGUCUUGCAUUAGAGGAGUGCUCCAAGAUUCCAGAGGGCCAGCAACGCAUUGGGGGCUGUUACUUGAACCUUAUGUGUCAGAUCAGAACUCUUUACUUGUCUUAUUGCUCCAGCCAUCCCUCUGCAGUGGGUGUGCUCACUGAUCACAGUGAAGAGUUGGACAAAUUCAUGGAGAGUCAAGGCGCCAGUGCUCCUGGGAUUUUAACUCUUACCACCAGCCUUAGUAAACCCUUCAUGAGGCUCGACAAGUACCCCACUCUCCUGCAGGAGCUCGAGAGACAUGUGGAGGAAGCCCAUCCAGAUUACAGCGACAUUCUGAAAGCAACAGUUGCUUUUAAAAAUCUUGUGACUCAGUGUCAAGAUCUGCGAAAAAGAAAGAACCUGGAGUUGCAGAUCUUGUCUGAGCCAGUGCGGGGCUGGGAGGGUGAGAACAUGAAAUCAUUGGGUCAGGUUGUCUACAUGUCACAGGUCCACAUGCAGAGCAGCUCAAAUGAGGAUAAAGAAGAGCGAUAUUUCAUGCUGUUUCCUAAUGUGGUAGUCAUGUUGUCGGCUAGUCCUAGAAUGAGUGGCUUUAUUUAUCAGGGACGGAUUCUGCUAACAGGAACCACAGUAACCAAACAGCCAGAGGAUGCAGAAACAGGCCAUUAUGCCUUUGAGAUAACAGGAGGAAUGAUAGAUCACAUCAUGGUGUUCUGCAAUAGUUCACAGGAGCAGCAGGAGUGGUUAGACCAUCUUCAUGCUUACGCCAAGGAAGGAAGUCCAGUUGGGACAAUAUUGAAGAAUGUUGAGGGUAAACACACAACCAUGACCCACCACUUGCCGGGUUUCAGUGCUCCUGUGGCUAACCGAGGCCCCCUCGAAUCCACCAAGAUCACCAAACCUUGGUCCUUAAGUUGCCUAAGGCCUGCGCCGCCCCUCAAGCCCUCUGCGGCUAUGGGCUAUAAAGAGAGGAUGUCUUAUAUCCUGAAGGACUCUAGUAAAAGCCCCAGACCCAUCAAGAAGUUCCUCCCGAAGAGAAAAACAGAAAGAAAACCAUCAGAUGAUGAAUUCAUAAGAAAAAGUACAGCAGCUCUAGAGGAGGAUGCCCAGAUACUCAAAGUGAUUGAGGCCUACUGCACUGGAGCCACUCUCCACCAGUCUACCACAGCUGUUCGUAAGGAAUGUGUUCCCCAAGUCCUGCUGCCAGAAGAAAAGAUUAUUAUUGAGGAGAUGAAGAGCAACGGCCAGACUGUCAUUGAAGAGAAAAGUCUUGUAGAUGCAGUAUAUGCACUGAAAGAUGAGGUCCACGAAUUAAAAAAGGAGAAUAAAUUGAUGAAGCAGUGUCUGGAAGAGGAGCAGAAGUCUCGUAAGGAGCUGGAACGUGUGGUCAAGAGGUUGGCCAAACAAAAGAAUGACUGUUCCUGUGAAGAAGGAGGCCAUUGAAGAACACUCUGGACAUUCUGUGAUUGCCCUUUGCCAUGCGUGUUUUUAUCGUGUAUGUAUUUUUGUGUUUAUGUGUGUGUCCUCACAAACGUGUUUUUUUCCACUGCACUGCAAUACACUGAAUGUUGCUAUUGGAAAGUCACCAUGUCUGGAAUUUUCAAAAAUGUCUCACUAUUUUUCAUAAUGUUUCUUUUUUUCUAACUGAGGCAAUGAUCAUUUUCAACUUUCUGGUUACUGGUUGUGUGCUGCAGAAUUUAAUUUCUUACUAUGUGGAAGAAUAUCAUGGUGUGUUUUGCUCCAUGCUCCUGUGAUUUGUUCAAAACGGCUGCAGGAAGUAUUACAGAUAGAUGUUAGUGGUUUAGAACUCCUCGGGUAACUGAUGUAGUCCUGGACCGUUAUUUUUUUUCCUGGCUGGCCAUUGGUCCCAAUCAAGCACUCAAAAUAAUCCAGUCAAGUAAAAAUUACUGAAAGGAUGAUGGAAUCUCUUUUUAUCUGAACAAAUAUCUGCCUCACUUUUCUCAUUCAUGGACUUGAUUUGCCUUGGACAUUUGCGCAACAGCAUUCAGACUCAAGACACUAUUGCACACAUGAAAAAUAUCCAGGUGAUAGUUUUGGAGGUCAUAGCUAAUGGUUUUUUAUGAAGGUAUAUUGCAGGACUCCUCUGGCCAGAAGUAUUUUCCUAUUUGUGCUUUUAUAAUGUGAAAAUGGUUGCUUGAGGAAGCUUUUAGGUCAGGAAUGCAAAAGAUGGAUUGUGGAAUUUGUGGUUUGCAUGUGAUAGACAUGAGGUGCCAUAUUUGCCAUCUUGAAAUUAGAUACAUUUUUUUUAUCUUUUUAGUUUGAAGCUUUAAAAAUUUUUUUUAAUAAUACACCAGUGGAAUGUAGGUUUAAAUAGUCCAUUUUAAAUGAGUGAUAUUCCAGACAGUCUCUCACAUCAGCAUUGGGUUUACAUAUCUAAAAUAGCCAUCGUAUGUCAUAAUCAUGCUUCUGAUAAUCAUUGUCAUAACAGUCUAAAACUAUCAGGGAUGUAGUUGUCUGAAAUAUUUUUGCAAGUUCUGAAUACUAUACUAGUAAAAUCCAUCAUAAAAAUGUAUGUAUAUCGUAUAUACUUUUAUACCUUUUAAAUGUAUGUAUCAUAGAUAUAAUGGCAAUUGAACCAUAACAUUUUCUGAUGACAAAAAUUAUCAACCUCCUUUUUAUGAGGUUUGAGACAAUUACAUGUGACUUUUACCAAAAAACAUCCAGUAUGUUUGAUUCCUGUAGAUUUGGUACUAAUUUUAGGACUAGUGUACAUAGAAACACAAGGUACUUUAGGAACUGAUAUUUGUCCUCCAUUACAAUACUAAGGAGGCUUGAACGUAUAAAUUAAAAAUAGAGUUUUAACCUUUUCGCAGCAAAUAGCUUCCUGUCAAUUGCAACAGGAUGUACCACGCAACGUGUUUUCUACUAACUCAUUCUUUCUUCAGUAUAGUGAUGCAUCGGAUCCUUUUUUUUGUUUAGUUUUGUUUGUUUGUUUUUUGUGAAUACUUGCCAGAUUUACUCUUAACAGGUCACAUUGAAUGGAUGAGUAAUUAUGGCUGAUUACACAAAUUAUACUGUGUCUGUAUCUGAUCAUUACCAGUGUAACAUGUUCAUGACUAGUGCUACAUAUCAAUCGCUGUGAUUCUAAGGAACAACCUCAAUUUUAUGCAGAGGAGAAAUGCAUCUAGAGAGCCAUAUAGAGAAAAACUUUGUGGAGUUUAUAAAGCUAUCAGUGGUCAGCUUUGAAGCAUUGUUAGUUUUGAAGCAUUGGCUAUUCAAUGAAAUGUAAGACUGGUUUGUUGUUACAAUUGCUGUGCAUUCGUCUAAGAGCCAGUUCCGCUCUUGAAAAGAGUAUACUUUACAAUAAAUACUUCAGUUUAGGCAGUAAGAUGUGAUCUGAGAUGCACAGUACAAUGCUGUUAUGGUGAUACUGUGUAAAUCUAUUUUAUGUUUGUGCGUGUGUUUAAUGCCUUUUUAAUAAACCUUGCAUGCCAUGUGUUCCACAUAACCUUAAAUAUUAUUUUCAAGUGUUAACUCCAUUAGAUUGUAUUGUUAUUAUGGAGACAGUCUAAAAGUGGUUUGAGUAUAAAAAUUUGCUAUUUCCGAUAAUUUGUCUAUUAAUUUGUGUAUUAUAUGGAAUGCAAUAGAUUGAAGUUGAUCGGUAGCUUUUCUUUUGCAUUUGUGCACAAUGACAAUACCAUGUGGAAACACACAAUUCGGAAGAUGUGGCUACUAGUCUACACAAAAGGAGCUUCAAUUUCACUUUGUCCUUCUAAUGUCAUGAAUGUGUCAGGAAUAGAAAUACCUGAUAUCUGUAGCACUUUCAGGAGAAUAUCCGCAUUUGUGCCCGUGUCUGCAGACCACACAUUUUUUUUGUGCAGAGCUGAUCUAUGCAAUAUGAAUGCUUAAAUAUUUGAUUGUUUUCAAUUGUUUAUGUUCUUAUUUUGCCCUCAUUUCAAUACGAAUUAUUUUAAUAAAAGUAACAU